GGCAGGCGCAUCAGUCGGAGCUCAAUUGUUGAUCAGAUCACAUCUGAGGGAUUUAGGAGCACCGACGAGGCGAGAUCGGAGGGAAGACGCCCCGCCGAGCCCCUCACACUCCUCCUUCCUCCUCCUCUUUCCUCCUCCUCCUCCUCUUCUUCUUCCUCCACAGAUGCCAAGACCCGCCUGAGAAAGAGAGAGAGAGAGAGAGGAGCGAAAGGGGAAAGCCAAGGCAAGGCAAGCGGGAUCACCCACCGGGGAGGGGGGUCCUCUCCCAGCCAGCCAGCCAAGGCGAAGCAUUGGCCGGCAUGUCCUUCCCGCAGCUGGGCUACCCGCAGUACCUCACCGCCAGCCCGGCCGUCUACGGCGGGAGUGACCGGCCAGGGGUCUUGGCUGUCGCCGCCGCCGCUGCAGCCGCUGCUUCGGGACGAUCCGGAGGAGGAGGAGGAGGAACGGGAGGAAGCACGGAGCUGAGCGGGGGAUCCACGGCCGCCGUCACCUCGGUGCUGGGCAUGUACGCCGCCGCCGCCGCCGCCAGCCCCUACGGCGCCCCCAACUACAGCGCCUUCCUCCCCUACACCGCCGACCUCAGCCUCUUCUCCCAGAUGGGUUCCCAGUAUGAACUGAAGGACAACCCUGGAGUCCACCCUGCAACCUUUGCUGCUCACACCACUCCGGGCUAUUAUCCCUAUGGGCAAUUCCAGUAUGGGGACCCAGGGAGGCCCAAGAACGCCACCCGAGAGAGCACCAGCACCUUAAAGGCCUGGCUGAACGAGCACCGCAAGAACCCCUACCCGACCAAAGGCGAGAAGAUCAUGCUGGCCAUCAUCACCAAGAUGACCCUCACCCAGGUCUCCACCUGGUUCGCCAACGCCCGCAGGAGGCUCAAGAAGGAGAACAAGGUCACUUGGGGAGCACGGAGCAAAGAGGACGAGAACAUCUUUGGGAGUGACAACGAGGGAGAUGCUGAGAAAAAUGAAGAUGAUGAAGAGAUCGACCUGGAGAGUAUUGACAUAGACAAGAUCGAUGAGAAUGAUGGGGAGCAGAGUAACGAAGAGGAAGAGGAGAAAGUUGAGCUCCUACGGCAAAGGAGUGAAGAGGAUCACUUGGAGAAGAAGAUCCUGCCACUCUCAAGCCCAGAAGGACUUAAACCCAAAGAGGUCCUCUCCCUGGGGAAGGAGGCCUCAGACAACCCCACCCGCCUCUUGAGCCCCAGCAGACAGAACAAUCUCCAAGGCCCGCUUCACAACAAACCCAAGAUCUGGUCCUUGGCAGAGACGGCCACCAGCCCAGAUGGGGCCCUCAGCAAACCCACGCCUCCUUCGCCCCCUGCCCAGGUGAACCACACCUCUCCCCAGCUCCAGCACCCGGCUUUCCUCCCCAGCCAUGGACUGUACACUUGCCAGAUUGGCAAGUUUCACAACUGGACCAAUGGGGCCUUCCUCACCCAGAGUUCCCUGUUAAACGUGAGGUCCUUUUUGGGAGUUAAUCACCACCACCACGCCGCCCAUCACAACCACCAUCUGGCCACGCAGCAGCAGCAGCAGCAUCCCUCCGUGUUGACGGCCCUGAGUGCUGAGAAGCCUUCAGAGAGGACCAGCCCCAAACAUAUAGAAAGAGAAAACCUACCAAGGACUGACUCUCCGCCUCAGCAGUUAAAAUCUCCCUUUCAGCCUGUCCGGGACAACUCUUUGACUCAGCAAGAGGGAACAUCGUGAAUUUUAACAACACUUCCUUCUGCUUGAAUAAAUGGGCUGUGCUUUGUUUUGUUUUUCUCCUCCCGGUUUUUCUUUCUUUCUUUUUUUCUGGUGGAAAAGAAAUGUUCACAGACUGGUUUAAGGACAACAAUAAUAAUAUUAAUAUUAAUAAUAAUUGGAAAUGAUCUAAAUGACUUCCAUCUCUCUCUCUC